CUAGCUCUUACACUACCAUUUUUUUUUUGGAAAUUCAGAAAUUAAUUUUAUAUAGUUUGUGAAAAGGAGAAUAUAACUAAUCCAAGAUGAGUGAAGAGGCAACGGAGAAGACGAUCAAUAAGAAAGUAACAAGAGAAAACAAAAAAUUCGAAAGAAGCCAUUUUGAUGUGUUGGGAAUCUGCUGUUCUUCAGAAAUCCCUUUGAUCGAAAACAUCCUCAAACCCCUCGAAGGAAUCAAACAAAUCACUGUCAUUGUCCCUACAAGAACUCUCAUUGUUGUUCAUGAUUCCCUCCUCAUUUCUCAACUUCAAAUUGUGAAAGCUCUAAAUGAAGCAAGAUUGGAGGCAAAUAUACAAUUAAAAGGAAAGGGAAUUAUGAAGAAGAAAUGGCCAAGUCCUUAUGCAAUAGCCAGUGGGUUGCUUCUAACUGCGUCGUUUUUGAAGUAUGUCUACCACCCAUUGCGGUGGCUUGCCGUUGCCGCCGUCGCCGCUGGCAUCUUUCCCAUUCUUCUAAAAGCCAUUUCAGCCAUUCGCCACCUCAGAAUUGAUGUCAACAUUCUUGCUAUUAUUGCUGUUGUGGGGACAAUUGCAAUGGAGGAUUAUAUGGAAGCUGGGAGUAUAGUGUUUUUGUUUUCCAUUGCGGAAUGGCUUGAGUCAAGAGCAAGUCAAAAGGCGAAUGGUGCAAUGAGUUCACUAAUGAGGUUAGCUCCCCAAAAAGCCACAAUAGCUGAAAGUGGAGAGGUUGUGGAUGUAAGAGAUGUGAAAUUGAAGAGUGUGUUAAGUGUGAAAGCUGGAGAAGUUAUUCCCAUUGAUGGGAUUGUCGUUGAAGGCAAUUGUGAAGUUGAUGAGAAAACUUUGAGUGGAGAAACUUUCCCUGUUACCAAACAAAAAGAUUCUCUUGUUUGGGCUGGUACCAUCAACUUAAAUGGUUAUGUAAGUGUUCAAACAACAGUUGUUGCUGAGGAUUGUGUGGUAGCAAAAAUGGCUGAGCUUGUAGAAGAAGCUCAAAAAAACAAAUCAAAAACCCAAACAUUCAUCGAUGAAUGUGCCAAAUAUUACACCCCAGCUGUUAUUAUCAUCUCGGCUUGUCUAGCAGCCAUUCCAGCUGCAUUGAGAGUUCAUAAUCUCAGCCAUUGGCUUCACUUAGCUUUGGUGGUUUUAGUGAGUGCAUGUCCUUGUGCCCUAAUCCUCUCCACCCCGGUCGCCGCCUUUUGUGCUCUUACAAAGGCAGCCAUGGCCGGAGUUUUAAUCAAAGGCGGCAACCACCUUGAAGUUCUUGCAAAGAUUAAGGUUAUGGCCUUUGAUAAAACUGGCACAAUCACUAGAGGUGAAUUUGUUGUAACACAUUUUCAAGCUCUAAGAGAUGAUAUUAGCUUCAACACCUUGCUCCAAUGGGUUUCAAGCAUUGAGAGCAAAUCAAGCCAUCCAAUGGCAACUGCUCUUGUCAACUAUGGAAAGCUGCAUUCUAUCGAUCUUAAGCCAGAAAACGUAGAGGAAUUUGAAAAUUUUCCAGGAGAAGGUGUUCGUGGGAAGAUAGAUGGUAAUGAUAUUUACAUUGGAAGCAAAAAAAUUGCUGCCAGAGCUGGCUACGACAUACCAGUUUCUUCAGAAUUGAACAACUUUGACGACGAAACUAGACAAGAGCAAACCCUUGGAUAUGUAUUUUGUGGGGGGACGAUAAUUGGAUCCUUCGGUCUAUUGGAUUCGUGUCGUUCGGGGGUUAAAGAGGCAAUCGAGGAGAUCAAAAGUUUUGGAAUUAAAACUGCUAUGCUCACAGGAGAUUGUAGGGCUGCUGCCAUGCAUGUCCAAGAACAGCUUGGGAAUAAUUUCGAAGUAAUCCAUUCAGAACUUCUACCAAAGGAGAAGGCAAAUAUCAUAAAAGAAUUUAAAAAGAAUGAUGGAGCAAUUGCCAUGGUUGGAGACGGCUUAAAUGAUACCCCAGCAUUAGCUACCGCUGAUAUUGGCAUGUCAAUGGGUAUUUCAGGUUCAGCAUUGGCCACUGAAACUGGGAAUGUGAUUUUAAUGUCAAAUGACAUGAGAAAGAUUCCAAAAGUCAUCAAACUAGCAAAGACAUUCCACACAAAAGUAGUUCAAAAUGUCAUUUUGUCAAUCGGUACGAAGACUGCCAUCCUAGGCUUGGCAUUUGCUGGACAUCCCCUCAUUUGGGCAGCCGUUCUUGCUGAUGUCGGUACUUGUCUAUUGGUCAUCUUGAACAGCAUGCUCCUUUUGAGAGGAACGGAUCACAAACAUGGGAAGAAAAAAUGUUGCAAAUCUUCCAAACCAUGCUUAACGAAACAUGGACAACUGUGCGAUGGUACUCGAUCUUCUCAUCAUCAUGAUCAUCAUGAUCACCAUAAUCAUCGAUGCCAUGUCGUUGAUGAUCAAUCAACUAGUCGAGUGAAUAAUCAUGUCCAUAAGCAUUGUUGUUAUGAGGAAAAGGAUCACAAGAUUCAACUUUCUCAAGAUCACAAUAGAAAAACUUGUGGAGUACUGCAUCAAGAGAAGAAUCAUAAAUGUGGAGAUCAUGAGUGUAAGGAAACUAAUGUGCAUCACAAAAAAGAACAUAAAUUUCAUCACAACUAUUCAAAUGAUUGUGAGAAAACCCCACUUGAGAAAGAGAUUACGGGAAAUUCUUCAAAGCGAGUGGGCAAAUCAGAUUGUAAUUGCCGCUCACAUCAUGUUGCUAUUGACAUUCAUGAAAGUAAUGAGUGUGAGAGAGUAGUGCAUAAAUAGCGAAGUCUCUUAAUUGUGAGGAACUAAUGGUUGGUAUGGAGUUUAAAAGGCCACUGAUUGGAAUUGAUAUAUAUACACUUCUUUUUUACUUUCCCUUUUAAGUUCUAGAGUCUAGACAAAGGCUAGUUAUUCACAAAUAAUGUUUUUUCUUUACCAUUUUUAUCCUCGUUUUCGUAUAAUAAAUAUUGUUUUAUGAAUAUAAAUAUUAAAUAUUCAAAAUUUAAAUGCCUCA